AUGAAUCUUAUGAUCCUAAUCUUCUCGGCGAUAGCCAGCGCUGUUGCCAGGCCCCAGGGUUACAAUUUAGCUCUGCCUUCCGGUCCAUCUUUACUCCAACGAAAAUGCAACAAAAGAGAGGUGUUACAUGUGGACGGUAGUUGCGUUACUCCAAGAGUCAACCAUCGUGUUUUUUUGUAUGAUGUGCCUAAAACUCCCACGCCAGUAGGUCCUCCACCUUUUAUUCCUGCACCAACUGUUGAGACUAAUCUGUUGUUCAUCCGAACUCCUGAAGGAGUACAGGGCCCAGAUCCCAUCGUUCUGCCUCCGCCACAAAAGGAACAUGUCGUGUACAUCCUCAAUAAAUAUUCUGAAGAAGGUCAAAAGGUGAUCGAGGUUCCAGCACCGCCACCUUCCGAUCCUGAAGUUUACUUCAUCAAUUACGCUGAAGGAGAGAAUCCAACUCUUCCCAGCGGAGUGGAUCUGCAGACUGCCUUGGAUGCGGCUUCGGCUGGUAGUGGUCAAUCUGUUGGAGGUUCUGAAGAUUUCUUUACUGGUGGGGUGGGAAGCGCCAUUAGCGGCAGCAAUAUUUUCAAAGGCAACAUCGGUUUGGGAAGCACCAAUGGUUUCGGAAGCAGCAGCAGAUUUGAAAGUGACAGUAGUUUCGGAGGCAGCAACGGUUUCGGAAGCAGCAAUGGAUUUGAAGGCAGUAACGGCUUCGUAGGCAGUAAUAGUUUGGGAAGCAGCAAUGGGUUUGGUAUCGGCAAUGUUUUUAGAAACAGCUUAGGUUUAGGAGGCAGCAGUGGUCUAGGAAGUAACAAUAGAUUUGAAACCAGCAAUGGUUUUGAUAGCAGCAAUGGUUCCGAAGAUGGGAGUGGUAUUAAUUUCUUCUCUAGCAGUUUAGAAGGCAAUAACAGGGGUUUUGGCAUUGGUGGUACUGGAAACAGCAUCUCUGGCAAUGGCCAUGUGUUUAUGCCGCCACGUUUGUACAGAACACCUUAA